AUGGGAUUCUUCUAUAGCUGUCCCGAUCUGUCGUCGCUGCAGAUAUCCUAUCCUGCCUCGCCCGUGAGCCCCGCCGAGUUCGCUAGCGACAUCGAGGGCGACAUCAAUACUGAGCCCGAGCGUCCCUCCUCGCCCGAAUCACCCCACCUUCGGGUUCCCCAACGACGCUCCAAGCGCAAGGAAGUCUCGAGGAAAGCGCGCGGCGUCAUCGGCAAAGUUCGAGGACUCCGGCGCAUCGCAGCGGGUAAGAUGGCGCAUCCGGCCAUCAAGAUCGACACCAACGUCCAGACCAAGCGGGGGUUGGAAGACAGCGAGGUGGGCCUGGGUGUGGUGACCGAUCACAACACUGGGUUAGGAGCGGACGAAGAGGGCAUCCCGCCGUUUUUGCGGCAAUCUGUGGCUGGUGAGUGA